GUUCAAUGGUCGAAGCAGCUAUGCGCCACGCCGUCGUAGGGCUGUUGUUAGCUAGCUAGUUCUGGCUACGGGAGGUCUCGGGCCGCAGUUACGACCUCGAGAGAACGAGCGGGUUCGCCUCGCGAAGAUGACCAUAAUAGUCUUUUUGAUCGACACGUCGGCCUCCAUGAAUCAGAGGGCAUAUUUGGGCGGGCGACCCACGCUUUUGGACGUAGCCAAGAGCGCCGUGGAGACUUUCGUGAAGGUGAGACAGAGAUCGCCAGAAAGUCGCGGAGAUCGGUAUAUGCUCCUGACCUUCGAAGAUCCGCCUCAGAACAUCAAGGCUGGCUGGAAAGAAAAUUUAGCAACUUUUAUGAACGAGCUUAAAAACUUACAGUGUGUCGGACUGACAACAUUAGGUGCUGCUUUAAAACAUGCUUUAGAUGUUCUGAACAUAAACCGAAUGCAGACUGGUAUAGACACAUAUGGUCAAGGAAGAUGUCCCUUCUACUUGGAGCCAUCGGUAAUUGUUGUCAUUACAGAUGGAGGAAAGUACACGACUAAUAGUGGGGUAAAUCAAGAUCUCACAUUGCCAAUGCAUUCUCCAAUACCUGGAUCAGAACUGACAAAGGAACCAUUCAGAUGGGACCAAAGAUUAUUUUCUUUGGUAUUGCGGCUCUCUGGAACACCAGCUGUAGAGAGAGAUACUGGUUUAGUUGCAAGUGACUCAUCUCCUAUAGAUGCUAUGUGUGAAGUUACUGGAGGUCGUUCAUAUUGUAUAACAUCAUUUAGAAUGAUGAUGCAGUGCAUAGACUCUCUGGUACAGAAGGUUCAAUCUGGAGUAGUGAUAAAUUUCGAAAAGAUCGGACCAGAUCCCCCGCCAUUAACAAACGAAGCGCUACAUGCGGAUGACGACGAAAAUGAAGACGAGAAUAACGCAACAAAUGGAACUCGCUCACAAUAUCCGCUUAAUCCAUCGAUACCAGGAAACACAGCAUGGCACUCGUGUAGAAGAUUGAUCUAUGUUCCACGGUCUGCACAGAAAGGUUUCGCAGUCGGAUUCUGGCCGAUUCCUGAAAGCUUUUGGCCCGACCUGAGUGCUAGUUCGUUGCCUCCAAGAUCAGCGCAUCCUAAUGUUAAAUUCACUUGUACUAGCCAAGAGCCCAUGGUGAUAGAAAAUCUACCAUUCGAUAAAUAUGAAUUAGAACCGAGUCCAUUAACGCAAUAUAUUUUAGCCAGAAAGCAGCCAACGGUUUGUUGGCAAGUUUUUGUAGCCAACUCGUAUAAAUCAAGCGACGUGGGUCAUCCGUUUGGAUAUUUAAAAGCAAGCACUAAUUUAACAUGCGUGAAUCUGUUUGUAAUGCCCUAUAAUUACCCAGUACUCUUGCCUUUAUUAGAAGAACUAUUCAAGGUUCACAGAUUGAAACCAACCAAUGAAUGGAGGACGCAAUUUCAGAAUUAUAUGAGAACUAUGCCGACAUAUUAUGCGGCGUCUCUCAGGAGGGCUUUGACUAGAAUGGGUGCGCCAGCACCAUUAGCACAAACGUUGAUUCCUGAUAACAUGGAUAACUCUUUGUCCUAUAGUGUCUUAAAUUACUUGAAACGACUGAAAAAUCAAGCUAAAAUUGAAUUCGAUAGACUUUGCAAUGAAGUUCUUUCCAAACAACUCGCUGCCGCCAAUAUGACAAAGAAUUUAGUAAAUGGUAGUACGACAACAAUAACAGAUGGAGUGCGAGUUAUUCCCAGAACUCCACUGAAGAAGGAUUUGGUAUCACACCCAUUACUACAGGAUAAGUUUACUGGACUAAGGGAUCAACUAAACGAAUUUGGUGGAUUUGUAGUCGGAUUAGUUCGAAGUCAACAACGUGGUGCACAGAGUUACAGGAACGCUUUCGAUGUUCCUCGGAAGUCCUUGUUGGAUCAGGUUGUGAGAAUGCGUGCCAACUUUCUGCAACCUGGACUCUUACAUACCAAAUUACUUGACGAUGAUUACGUACACUCGAUGCCCCUAGCACAGAUGGGAAAUUAUCAGGAAUAUUUGAAACGUAUGACUCCGCCUUUGAGAGAGAUCGAGAGUGUUCCAGUUAGGCAGCAUAUGUUUGGUAAUCCUUUCAAGAUAGAUAAGAGGAUGAUGGUUGACGAAGCAGAUAUCGAUAUGGUUGGAGCGACGUCUUCGACUUCGAAGGGCGGUCUUAAACGUACGUUACCAGCUUCAGAUGGAGGAGGAUCGCUAGCCUCGAAACCGCCGCCGAAUAAACGAAAACCGGGUCCAAUUCCUAAGGAUGUGGUUGUACGGAGACCUUCGUAUACACCAACCAAUACUCCACCUAGUUCGCCCAUACCUUGGGUGGAUGAUACAAAAAACCAAGUGACCCCAGCCGCUGAUUUAAGUCAAGUUCCACUGAAUACUGUGAGCGCCGUCACACCAAGUAUAUCGAACUCGUCGACAGUGAAUUCAACAGAGAAAUUGGUAAACGGCCUUGCAGAAAUGCCUACGAUACCAGUGUUUGAACCGAUUCCAGUAGAGCAUACUAACAACCAUCACAUGGACGUUCCACCGACUCUGACGCCAGUAGUUAACAAUAUCGACGCACCUAAGAAUGAAACGAAACCAGAGAAGAUUGAAAACAUCAAACCCGAGUGUAACAAACUACCUCUGAACGAUUGUGUUGAAAAUAGUGUGUACGUUGAAAACUCAGUUGACGAAAGGUUAACUAAUCAUGUUGAGGAGAAGCAUGAGCCGAAGGUGGAGAAGGACAAGGUUUUGACGAAGAAAGAACUAGAAGAUAUUAGGAAACAUAAUUUAUCCAUUCGGGAGCUUGUAUAUAAGCAAGUACGGAGAAGAGGUACAAAUUAUGCGACAUUAUUUUCACACUUACACCAAAUUCAAGGGACUCUAGAUAUACGACUUGCGUUUUUGCGAGACAUCGUCAAAGAAUCGUUACGAUUUAAAAGACGUAAUUUGGCAUCGUUGUUAGAAGAAUAUUUGAAAACUAUACAAGAGGAUAGCUGGACUGUAAACCACAAGGUGAAUCACAAUGGUGCCACAAAAAUAAGUUAAGAGUCCGUUGCAUAAUCAGGGCAUUAUUUCAGUAAUAAAACAAACACAGAAAACUAAGAAUCGAAUGAAUAAUGCGAAGACGUGUCUCAAAUGGGAUACA